UCAAAAGUGUGAUUUUUUCAAAUAAGGGUAUAUGUGCUGAUACAAAAACUAAUAAAUUAAAUAUUAAUUUGAAGAAAGAAAAGAAGUAAAGUGAUAUUUAAUUAACAUUGUCGUUCCUUGCAUCUUAUAAUCUCAAAAGAUGGAUGAAUCACCUGUGUAUAUUCCUAAAAAACGUUUCAAUUUGAGAAAACUUCGUCUUGCUUUGAAAUACCGGCCGGUUAUUUUAAGAUUAAUACUGAAAUUGAGAUCCCGCAUUAAAGAAAAGCAUCGUCAGCUAUUGAGGCUGAAACUUAGUGUCGAAAAUAUGGUAACUUCUGACUUCUACCAAGCAUAUUUAAAAGCUACUCAUGGUCCUGGUAAACUAGAUAUUAAUCCAAAAACCUCAGAAAUUGGUGUCAACACUGAUGAAGUAAAUUCAAGAAAAAAUGAAGGUACAUUAGAAUAUAAAAAAGAGAAAAUUAAAAAAGUUAAAACAAAGAGUAUUGGGACACAGACAGACAGAGAAGAAGAAAAAAUAGAGAAUAAAGAAGUACUUAACAAUAACACUGACAAUAAACCGUUAAAAGAAGAAACAGAGCUUAAAGUAGAAGAUUCUGGAUGGAGCUUAAAUGAUAAUAAAGAAACGAAAAGUAUAGCGGAGCAAGUUGCAGAAGUUGCACAGGAUGCCUUAAAAGAGUCCGGAAUGGUGUACGUAGAAUCAGCUGGGAUGUAUUACGAUUAUAAGACUGGUUAUUAUUAUAAUUCGGAAUUAGGCCUGUACUACCAUACAGACACACAAUGUUACUACUACUACUCCGAAGAAAAGAAGUGCUUCGAGUUCCACUCAUAUCCUGACAGAAGCGCCACCAACGAAGCACUGAUAGCCCAUGAGAAGCGGAAGGCAAAAAAACAUAAAAUGGUGGGAGGAACUGAUGAUUUAGAUAACCUGACGAAAAACUUAGCUCAGGAUAAACAACCAGAAGAGAACGACACAAAGAAUCCUAAAAGAAAGAAGGAACUUAAGAAAAAGAAGAAAGAUGCUUCUGAGGAUAAGAAGACUGAUGAUUCUUCUCCAGAAGUAGUAGAAUUAAAGGUUUAUGCGGUAACUGAAGAUAAAGAAAGCAAAGAAGAGGAGAUAGAAGAAUCCAUCAGUAAAAUGGCUGAACCAGAAGAAAUGGAGGAUGGUGAAUGCAGUGAUACAAGUUCAAGCAGUUCUGAUGAUGACGAUGACGACGUCAAGUCUAAUGCUAGCACUUCUACAGCUACUGAUGAUGAAUCAGUAGCGAAGCACCAUCCCCCAUGUAUGCGCGUGAUCGUGCGUGAGACGAAGCUACCGAAGCUGCGCGUGGGCAACCUGUUCAUCGUCACCAAAGAUGGCGGUACUGUCGGCAGGGAGGGGGAACAACACAUUAUACUGCUUAAAGAUCAUAAUGUGUCUAGAACCCACUUGGAUAUAAAAUUCGACCCAUACCGCAACUUGUACAUGAUGACGGACCUCGGAUCUAAGAACGGCACCAUCCUCAACGGAACUCGAAUGUCGGAGAGUCAAAUCAGGAGCGAGCCAAUGGAGGUGGUCCAUGGCAGCACAAUACAAAUAGGUGAAACAAAGCUCUUAUGUCACGUACACCCUGGGAACGACACGUGUGGCCAUUGCGAGCCCGGCCUGCUUAUGGAAGCAAUAGAAAAAGAGAAGAAAGUAGCGUAUACACGCACAUGCAGCGUGCAGAAACAACAUCAGUUGGAGCUGGCGCGCCUGAAGAACAAGUAUGCGCCGAAACCGCCGCUAGCCAUUGAGGAGACGGCGUACAAUGACAGGGCGCAAGCACGGAGGGAGACCGUGGGCUCCUCACACCACUCUGAGAAGACGCAGACCACUGAUAUUAAUACGUCUAUAGCAGCAGAUAAUAAGGGUUUCAAGUUAUUAGAGAAGAUGGGCUGGAACAAGGGCGAGGGUCUGGGGAAAACCAGCCAGGGAGAAACAGAACCGGUACCCCUAGUAUCAAACGAAGGUACAGCAGGUUUAGGGGCAGGCAGAGCUCCAUUCGCCCCAGUCGCAAAGAACUCUCUAGGACCAGCCACCAUGCGUCUAGCAACCAGAACCAAAAUGCUAAAGCCACCAGCCAAAGCAUUCCAAUCACCUAUAGAUGAUGAAGACUCAGAGUGAUAUUAACUUAAGAAACUAGAUAAUAAGGUUUAAUUUUCAAUGAAAUCUUACAGAUUUGUAAGUUUUUUUUUUUUCUAUACAUAUGCGUUGUUUAGUCGCAAGACUAUAAGUUAAUUAGUUAAGAUAUUAUGCUGGAUAGUCGAAGUGGCCAGUGUUCCAGAUGCUUUUUCAUAUUCUUUCAUUUCAUUGGUAAGAAUAUUUUAAUAUCUCGAGAUCCAUUCUUAAUUUUUAUUUUUUUAAGUUUUCAAUUUCUGAAAUUCCAAAACUUGCUGAGUCAAGAAGUCACUAAUGUGUGGCAAUUUUUGCCUCGUCUUGUCUUUGGCGGGAUCGUGGAUUGGCUUUCCGAAUGCCCUUUCUCUGUCAAUACUUUCACUGUCUUUGAUAGUAACAAUAGGUAGUCCAUAUCUCCUCCCGCUGAUGUUUGGUUCAAUCCCUAUAUGAUACAGCGCCUUGUUUAUUUGUGACCCGCGAGUGGUCGCCGCAGCGUAAGAAGCUUUGCAGUUUUUUGGACUUUGCUUAUCUUCCUUAACGAUAGACGAUUAAAAUACAACCUUCUUUUUCAAAUAUUUCUAUAACUUGGCGAUCUGUAUUACCACAAUUAAGCCAAUCGCUUGUGCUUUGCUUGGCUUUAUUUUAUAAGCAACACGAAUUCAUUGGAAUUCUUGUUAUUUGUUGUCGAACCUUGCGGCUAGGGUAGGCAUACUAUGUCGUUUCAAUCUCGAAAAUGUGACACUACUGGUGCCUUCAAGUUUUGAUUUUAGAUCAUUGUGAUAAAAUUUUCGUCUGAUAAUUUCUGCUGUAUCUAGCAAUCUCCUACUACUAUCUAAGUCCGUGUGCUCCAUCUUUGGCCAAAUUUUCGCUUUGUCGUCCUGGCAGUAAGCGGGUUGGUGGCCAAACGCAGACUUAUCAACGUUAAAAAAGUAACUCUUCAAAAUACAACUAGCAAAUCAACACUGGCCAUAUAAAUAAAAGAUUCAAAAAAAGAAUGCCUCAUCUCGACACUGCCAGUCUCAUAAGUUAGAAACUAAUUUGUAAGUAGUGCCUUUAUUUAUUUUGUAUAAUAUGUGUUAGAUAUCAGUUAAUAUCUUUGUUUAUGUUAGUCAUACUAUGUUAUUGCAAUUGACGGUUGUGGUACGGAAAUUAUUGUAAAUAUCAUUUCAGUUUUGACCAACAUCAAUCAAGUUUCAUAACUCUUUGUUUCUAGAUCCAUCUUUUUUAAUAAAAGGUAACACGGAGGAUAUCAUUUUCUUCUGAUGGGUGCCUUCUAUCUAAAUAAACAUUAAAUUUUGUUGCUCCUCUUAUGACAUUGUUCAGAAGUUUAUAACUUAUUCAUAUAUUUAUCUAUAUAUUGUUUCAAAGAUAAAAAGUACAAAUUUA